CUCUUUGCAAAGCGACCAACACACAUGCGUGUCGGAUAGGCCACCAUCUUGAAAUUUCACCAUUUCCAUUUCGCCGCUUGUUUCACGAUUCCCUGGAAGCGCGUGCAGAAUGGCCACAAACAAUUAUUUUGGAUUUACUCACGGUGGAACUCAAUACGGAACAACAGGUGCGGCUGCAUAUCAAGCAGCGGCUGCAGCGUCCCAGACAGGGUAUGCGGUGACGCCAGCCUCAGGUGCUCCAACAACCUAUCAGACCCAGAGGGCCGCCACCACUGGCUACGAAAGUGCCUACCAAGCAGCCACCACUCACACAGCUCCUGGCACCUAUGUCGCCGGCGGCACAGCAGCGGCUGGGACUACCUAUGAUUAUGGCUACGGCCGACCUGCUCAAUCCACUGCCCCUGCUUACGAUGGUUCCAAGACUUACUACCAGCAGCCAGCGGUUGCAGCCACCGCCUCUGGUACUUACUCAGGCACUGAAACUCAUUACCAAGCUGCUGCAAAGCCAGCGUUUAGCACUCCUAGCAGCAGUUAUAACGUGACCACUAGACAAGUGACUCCAACCACUACCCCGAAAGCCACAAACGCAUACAGUAAUGCGGGCUACAACAACCAGGGUGCUGGCAACUAUGCUGCUGGCUACGCUCCCCCAGCACAGCCCAAUAAUGCCGGCUACGACACAGCGCUCUACAACGCAGCAACCAUGUACGUCCAGCAGCAAACACAGGCUCAAGCCAAGCCUCCUACCGGCGUUGCGAACACUUGGCAGUACAAAAAAGGGAACCUGGGAGGGCAGGCUGGAAAGCUCAACAAACCGAAGCAGCCGCCUAAACCUCAGCAGCUGCACUACUGUGAUGUUUGCAAGAUCAGUUGUGCAGGACCUCAGACAUACAGGGAACAUUUGGAGGGCCAGAAACACAAAAAGAAAGAAGCUGCGUUGAAAGCAGGCACAGGGACAGCUACCAGAGGCGGAAAUGCUUUGAGAUGCGAACUGUGUGACGUGACAUGCACAGGUUCUGAUGCUUAUGCCGCUCACAUUAGAGGAGUCAAGCACCAGAAAGUGGUUAAGCUGCACACUAAGCUGGGCAAACCUAUUCCAUCCAAUGAGCCCUUGGUUAUGGGGACCAAACCUGGCACUGCGACAGCCACUGCUAGCUCAGCUCUGAAACCUGCGGGCACAACGGGACAGGUGUCCAGUGGAGUAAAGAAACCGUCCACUGUUCCAAAGAUCAACUUCACUGCUGCUGGAGGCACUAAGGAAGAGGAAGAAGACACUAGCAAAUCUGAGGACUCAAAAAUUGAAGAGAAAGAAAUUCAGCCUGUUGGACAAGAUUAUAUUGAAGAAAUUCGUAACGAUGAAGGAAAAGUUGUCAGUUUUAAUUGCAAGCUCUGCGAGUGCCGUUUCAAUGAUCCAAACGCUAAAGAAAUGCACAUGAAAGGUCGUCGACACCGCUUGCAGUAUAAGAAAAAGGUCAAUCCUGACUUAGUCGUGGACAUCAAACCGUCCCUUCGCCAGCGCAAACUUCAAGAAGAGAAAAUGCGCAGGCAGCAUUUGCGUGAUGAAUAUUUCAGGCGCCGAGACGAAGAGAGGCUCAUGGUCGAGGAGGAGGAGCGAAUAUUCUGGGAGGAGAGGAGGCGUUACGAGGAGGAAAUGGAGUGGUUCUGGCGCCAGGGCAGGGACCACAGGGGUCCUCCGAUGAGGCCGCCGUUCAUUCCAGGCGGUCCCCCACCUCACAUGAUGUUCUUCUCACCCCAGAUGAGACGUCCAGACUCGAGUGACGAUAGGCACAUGACUGCCAAGCACCAGGAGAUCUAUCCCACUGAAGAAGAGUUGCAGGCCGUUCAGCGCAUUGUAUCACAUACAGAGAAGGCGCUGAAGCAGGUGUCCGAUCAGCUGGUCGAUGCACAGGGACCUGCGGACGUCGCCGCUGCACCUGCUCCUGCUGCGGAUGUUGUGAAGACCGAAAUCAAAUCUGAGAAGCCAGAAGACGCUACCGCGGUUAAGAAGGAAGACGGGCGGGAUGGAUCAAUGUUUUCUUUCCACCGCAGUAAGGAAGAGUGUGCCCAGAACACAAGGACUCUGAAGGGUGUGAUGAGGGUAGGCGUUCUAGCCAAGGGGUUGCUGCUCAAAGGAGAUACAAAUGUUUGCCUAGUCGUGUUGUGUGCUGACAAACCCACUGUGAAUUUACUGAAUCAAGUCGCUGGAAUGCUGCCGGUUCAACUGAAGAGUGUCUGCUCUCCAGAUGAUGCUUACGAGGUGACAGCUCAUCCGCAAGAGAGUUCUAUUCACGUCCGCAACAAUAAGAAUGACCCAAAAAUCACUGUGCAGAUCAUGCUUACUUCUCCAGUGGUUCGUGAGGCUGUGGGUGACAGUCCUGGAGCUGAGCCUGUCGAGGCAGCGAGCCGGCCGGUAGGGAAUCUCUUGGACAAGCAGCAAUGCUUAGAAGCCCUUGCAGCGCUGAGGCAUGCCAAGUGGUUCCAGGCUAGGGCAACUGGUCUUCAGCAUUGUGUGAUGGUGAUACGCGUUUUGAAGGAUCUCUGCUCUCGAAUUCCCACGUGGCAUCCGUUCCCCUCUUGGGCUCUUGAGCUUCUAUGUGAAAAGGUGUUAAGUAGUGCAGGACAACCUCAAAGUCCUGGUGAUGCAUUAAGGCGUGUGAUGGAAGCAGUGGCGUCAGGUAUCAUCUUGCCAGGUGGGCCGGGGUUGUUGGACCCCUGUGAAAAGGAGCCAACCGACGCUGCAGGGUGUCUGACGAUGCAGCAGAGAGAGGACAUAACUGCCAGUGCUCAGCAAGCUUUGCGGCUGCUGGCGUUCCGUCAAAUCCACAAAGUCUUGGGCAUGGAGCCUCUGCCACCUCCAAAGUUCCAGCGCGGCCGCUUCAACCGCAAACGCCGCAGGGACAACAGCAGUGGCGAGGGCAACGACUCCGAGGGAGAGAAUGAGCCUUGUGGUGACGGGAAAAAGGACAAAAAGGAAGAAGGCGAGGAGAAGAUGGACACGGAGAAAGUGGUUCCUGAGGGGGCUGCUGCUUAAACUACUCAUUGACUGUUUAGUAUUUCAAUGCUUAAUUAGGAAACCUAUGCUGUUAGAGUGCCGAUCUAUCGAUUCCAUCUUUAGGAUUCAGUAGCAGUCGUAAUUAUUAUUCACAGGUUUAUAGGUACAUAGGCACCCCUUGGAAGUACCCUGUUGUUUUACAGUCCGUGUUCCACCCAAACAACGUGGACGUUCCACGCGUCUUCUAAAGCCACGGUUUCCUGAUUACAUUAUAUUACCAAGUAAUGAGUUAUUCCUCAUAAUGUUUUGACUUGGACAUAGGUUUAGUCUUCACUCUUUAAUUAAUGUGGAAUUGUUAACACUUGCGAAUAAAGUGUUUGAAAUAAAAAAAUAAUACUACUUAGUGAAUUGAA